UGUAAGCAGAACCCUGAUUCAUGGCAUCUGUGGGCCCGAUGCCACCAGCUCGAUCCGCCUGAUCGCCAGGCCAGCUAGCAAAUUCAUCUUACGCUCGUUUGCUUCUCGAGUUUCAGGCGACACAAAGCAGCACCAAAGCGAGCUAUUAGCGAAGCAAGUCACUGGGGAAGCAUUCUGACAGCGAAGCAAGCCGUCAGCGCGCGAUGGAGCCGGGCGAGCUACCAGCGGAUCUGACCAUCGCGCACGCGGACCGAGUCGACGUCGUGGUCGACGAGGCCCCAACUCGCGCGCCUGCUGACGUGGCGGCGAGGGAGCGCGAGUGGAGCGGCGAGAGCGGGCGGCGCGCGUGCGGCGACAGAGCGAGCGGCGAUCGCGCGUUCGAGUGGCUGCUGGCGCCCGUGGCGCCCGAGCGGUUCUACGCGCGGUGGUGGGAGCGGCGCGUGGGGCUCGUGCUCCGCCCGCAGAGCAGGGAGUACUACUCGGGGUGGUUCGGCCGUGCGGACAUUGACCGGCUGCUGAGAGCGGGGGUGCUGCACUAUGGCACCAACAUCGACGUCGUGCGGUACAGUGCUGUGGACGGCGGUGCACGGGAGACGCUCAACGGGGAGGGCGUGGCAGACUCUGACACGGUGUGGGGAGCGUUCAACAAGGGCUGCUCCUUGCAAGUGCUGCACCCGCAGCGCUGGAGCGACCAGCUGUGGCUGCUGCUGGGGGCGCUGGAGCACCACUGGCAGGGCAACGUGGGCUGCAACGUGUAUCUGACCCCAGCAGCCUCACAGGGCUUCAGCCCGCACUACGACGACAUCGACGCCUUUGUGCUCCAGAUCGAGGGCUGCAAGCGCUGGCGCUGCUACCGAGGGGUCAAGGAGGGGGACGAGGGGGAUGACGAGGACGAGGAGGAGGAGAGAGGAGAGGGAGAGGAGGAGGAGGGGGGGGAGAUGGAGGGGGAUGAGGGGGUGCUGCCUCGGUUUUCUAGCCGCGAUUUUCUGCAGCGGGAGCUGAUAGAGCCGCCCAUACUAGACGUGGUGCUACAACCAGGCGACCUGCUGUACAUGCCGCGGGGCAUCGUGCACCAGGCGGAGGCAGUGGACGACCACCACUCGCUACACCUCACCAUAUCCGCAUCGCAGCGCAACACAAUGGCUGACUUCCUGCACCUUGCACUGCCACGCGCCAUAGAGGUGGCAGCGGAGGAGCACGUGCUGUUGCGGCACAGCCUGCCGCGCGACCUCUUUGACUUCAUGGGCGUCAUGCACGCGCCGCCUCAACCCGACGCCGACUCGCCACCACAUCUCCCUGCCGACUCCGAUGCCGCAUCACAUACCGACCCUGCAAGUUUCAAGUCGGAGGAGCCGGCUGAUGAUCCCCGCCGUGCUGCCUUUCUGCAGCGGGUGCAGGAGGCAGUGCGGCUGGUGGCGGCGUGUGGCCCCUGGGAUUCUGCAGCCGACCAAAUGGCCUCCACUUUCCUGCGCUCCCGCCUCCCCCCGUUCACUGCCUCCACACUCUCCUCCUCGGGGCAAGUGCCGCAGGGAGGGGAUAAAGGAGGGGGGGGAAAGGGGGAGAGGGGGAAGGUGCAAAGGAAGUCUCGCGUGCGGGUGAGUGUGGAGGGGGGAUGCCGGCUGGUUGUGGAGGAUGGGGUGGCGGUGGUAUACCACAUGAUGGACAACAGGAGGGAGGCGCACAACAAGGGGGAAGGGCGGGACGCAGAGGGGGAAGACCAAGAAGAGGAAGAUAUGGAUGAUGGGCAAGAGGUGAGGAUGGCGGAAGGGGAGGAGGGCGUUUCCACGGAGCAAGCACAACGGAAGGAAGGGGAAGAGGCGGUGGGGUGCACAGGAGGCGAGGAGGAGGAGGACGAGGAGGAGGAGCGAGGGGAGGGGCGGUUGGAGUUUGAGUUGCAGUGGGCGGAGCUGCUAGAGCAGCUGGUGCAGCUCAAUGAAGCCACCGUGGUGGGGCCGCUCAUCAAACGCCUCUCUGCUGAUUGGGACGGGCCUGCUGCAGCAGCUGCUGCGGGCAUGCUAAGUGUGGUUCAGGUGCUCUUGGACCAUGGGGUGCUUGAAAUAGUCAUGUAGCAUGUGUCAAACAUAUUUGUGUAUGUUUAGUAGACUACACAGGGUCUUGGCAUAGUGAGUACAACCCACUAGCUAUAUACCCCUGUAUCCUCUCAUGCUAGUCAUUCGUUC